CAAGUCAUCAAGGUCUGGACUGUGUAGAGGUUAGAGGUCAGAGGUCAGUUAGUGGUAGACUUGGGUUUUGAGUUCUUCAGAGGUCAUAAAUCACAUUACGCUUCAUUCCUUUUACAAAUGGACGAUGUCUCUCAGCGCUAUCGACUGUCAAAAAAAUAAAAUUGGAGUAAAUACAUCAGUGGACAGACUCACGAAUCUCAAGUUGUUGUUUUUUUUGGUCACGAUGCCUCGAAUAACAACAUCGACGAAACCUCCUUUCUCACGUGUUUGCGAAAGAGCCGUUCGGAUUCUUACGCAGCAGCAGCAGCAGCAGAACUGGUUUAGUGGCCGCCAGGAAUUCCAAGGGUUUUGACUUUGACGUCAGCGAGAAAGCGAGAGGAAAGGGGGUGACUUGACUUGACUUACUCCGCCCGAAAACUGUGGUGGGAGGGCGAUGGAGUGGAGUGUAAGAGGGCAGCGGCGUGUCGGGACGCGUCUUAGCAGAGCCAAGGUGCAGGAGACAACACACUGCGAAUAACCCCAGUGGAUCAGGGGGGUAAAAAGACUUUGUGGGUGUUUGAGCUACUGUGUGGAAAAGUCUCUGCGGGUCAGUGGUCUGUGGUCAGUGGUCUGUGGUCUGUGGUCUGCACCGGCCGUUCAGAUGUGCGUAAAGGCACUGAGCUUCUUCACGGUCCUGUCUGGACUCGCAGCUUCAGGCGUGCUGCAGGUCAGGGGGAUACGUGUGUACACAUCUGGGGAAAUGGAGGCAGUCAACGGGACUGAUGCACGUCUCAAGUGCACGUUUGAGAGUUCGGCGCCAAUUAAUGUCAACUCCGUUGUCAUCACAUGGACGUUCAGACCCCUCAAACCGGGACAAGAAGAGUCGGUGUUCCACUACCAGCAGCAACCCUAUCCACCCCUCGAGGGCAUAUUCAAAAAGCGUAUCGUUUGGGCCGGUGACAUCAUGGGUCAGGAUGCAUCAAUCAUCAUUCGAGAGGUCAAGUUCACUUACAACGGCACAUACGUGUGCCAGGUCAAGAAUCCACCGGAUGUUCAUGGCCAGGUGGGAGAGAUACGACUUCGCGUUGUCACCACAGCCUCUUUCUCUGAGAUCCUACGUCUGGUCUUGAUCAUCGCAGGCAGUAUCGCCGGCGUGCUCAUCCUCCUCGUCAUCGUCAUGUCCUGCAGGAGGUGCAAGAAAAAGGGACAGAGGCAGCUGCAAGACAACGUGGAAGCUCCUCGUAAAGAAAGAAAAGACCCCACCGCGUGCCACACUUCACGGUCAGUCCACCUCUACGUGUCAGAGACAUCUUUAGAGAUUGACAGUUCAGAUGGCAUGAUCUCAGAUGCCAGCACCAAAGAUUCAAGCUCCUCAGAGGAGGAGGGCCCCAGCUCUGAUGAUGAGGAUGAUGGCGAUGACUCCGACUGAGGCCGUGUGGGGUACUACGACAACAACAACAACAACACUGAGGUGAAACCAGACAGGAAGCCCGCUAGAGAGAUGCCCACUUGGCCUCUGUGAGUAAAGAUCCAGGAUUCGGCCGAGAGAAGGCAACAUGAAGAGUGCACUUCUGCUGCUGCCGCUGCACUGUCGGAAGCAACCGUUUCCGAAUCGGAGUUAAAAAAAAAGAGAGAAGGCUGAGUUUCAGUGUUUGCAGGAAGGAAGAAUAUGUUUGGAGCAAUGCCUUUGAAAUUGAUCAAAGCCUCGAAACUGAAUUGCGUGUGCCGAGACAUGC